AUGACUUCUACCAAGCCAUCUUUCACAACGAGCCUGCCGAAGUUUUUCCUCAUUGCUAAUCGAGUACUUCAAUGGGCAAGUUCGGUCAUUGUUCUUGGAAUUACGUCAUAUUUCAUCAACAAGGGUGUCCGCGGACUCACUACAACAUACGUGGAAAUUAUUGCGGCCAUUUCCGUUGCAGCUUUUCUUCCAGCUUUCGUCUCACCAUUCUUGCCUGCAUCAGUUAAUGGCAUUGUAUUGGGUAUUGAUGUGAUAUUUUCUUAUCUCUGGCUUGCAGCUUUCAUCUUCUCUGCGCUUGAUUACAAUCGCAACGACUGCUUAGCCAAUGCACCCCCCGGGUUUUCAUGCUCUAAGAAAUGGGCCAAUGAAGCUUUCAUUUUUCUCACAUUCAUCUUCACCUUUUUUUCUAUUUUAUUUGAGACAUGGACACUGUGGCUCUCGCAGCUGGAUAAGCACCCCUUGCUCCAAUCGCAUGAGAAGACUAGUCAGCCCGAUAUAGAGCGUAACGGCGCUCAGCCGACAACGCAAAACAACACAGAAGAGCCUACGACUACAACCGCAUAG